AUGUUGCGAACGUCGAUUCGAUCCGUGAGGGUGCUCGGCCACAGGCCUGCGGCAGCCGUCAUUGGCCGCCAAUGGCAGGCCGCCGCCGUCAGCCGGAGGCAUUUUGCCGACGAGAAGAAGCCCGAAGCACCCAAACCACCUGUCCUGCCGGCAUCAGAAACCAUCACCGCUGAGAAGAGCGCCGCUCCCGAGGUCGCCGCCGCCGAGCCGACGAUCCCCAAGGAGGAGGUUCCUCUCACUCCCCCGACACCCAACACCGAGGCCGUUGUGCCUCCUCCGCCCCAGACGCCCGCUGCCGCCGCUCCCAAGAAGAAGGGUUUCUUCCGCCGAUUGAGAAACCUCGUCUUGACCCUCGCCAUCCUCGGCGCUGUCGGUUUCGGUGGCGGUGUCUGGUACUCUCGUAUCAACGACAACUUCCACGACUUCUUUACCGCCUAUGUUCCCUUUGGCGAGCAGGCUGUCCUCUACCUUGAGGAGAUGGACUUCCGCAAGCGAUUUCCCAACCUCUCCAACAAGAUCAAGCCGAGAGAUACUGGUAACCAGGUCAAUGUUCCCGCCCAGAGCGGUGCCUCCUGGAGAGUAGCCGACAGCGGCGAGCCUGCCGGCCGUCAGUCCAACGCGGUCGAGAAGGCUCAAGCCGCCAAGGUUGUCGCCGUCAAGGAGGAGCAGAAGAAGCCCGUCGAGAAGGUCAAGGCUCCCGAGCCCGCCAAGCCCAAGUCCAAGCCCGCGCCUGUCGUCGAGGCCAAGCCUGUCACGACCAAGGAGGAGACUACCGAGUUCAAGGCCCCCGAGGUCAACGAGCCUUCGCGCUUCCCUCCGAUUGCCCCCAUCGACGCCCUCAAGAUUGAAGACGCGACGGAGCCGGUUGUGCAGGAUCUUGUUCACAUGCUCAACGACAUCAUCACCGUUAUCAACGCUGACAAGGCCCACGGUCGCUACUCUCCUACCAUCACCAAGGCUAAGAACGAGCUGAGCAAGGUCGGAAGCAAGAUCAAGGCCAUCAAGUCCUCGGUCGAGGAGAAGGCUGCUUCCGAGGUCCAGGCCAAGGUUGCCGACUUUGACAAGGCCGCCAACGAUCUGAUUGCCCGCGUCGAGGCCGCCAUGGUCGCCCAGGAGGGUCAGUUCAGGAAGGAGUUUGAGGACGAGAUGCAGAAGGUCAAGGAGAGCUACGACGCGCGCGUCAAGCUUCUGCUGGAGCGUGAGAAGCAGCUCAACGAGGAGCGUCUCAACAACCAGCUGCUGGAGCAGGCUCUCGCCCUGAAGAAGGAGUUCGUCGCCGAGGUCCAGAACCACGUCGAGUCUGAGCGUGAGGGUCGUCUUGGCAAGCUGGACAAGCUGUCGGCGGCCGUGGCCGAGCUUGAGAAGCUCACCACUGGAUGGAACGAGGUUGUUGACACCAACCUGCGCACCCAGCAGCUGCACGUGGCCGUGGAUGCCGUUCGUGCCAGCCUCGAGAACGCCACUAACCCCCGUCCCUUCACCCGCGAGCUCGUCGCUCUCAAGGAGAUUGCGGCUGACGACCCGGUCGUCAACGCCGCCAUUGCGUCCAUUAACCCCUCUGCCUACCAGCGCGGCCUGGCCAACGCUGCGCAGCUCAUUGACAGAUUCCGGAUAGUCGCCAACGAGGUGCGCAAGGCCUCGCUGCUGCCUGAAGAGGCCGGUGUUGCUAGCCACGCGUCGAGCUACCUUCUCAGCAAGGUCAUGUUCAAGAAGCAGGGUCUGGCCGACGGCAACGACGUCGAGAGCAUCCUGACACGCACCCAGACGCUUUUGGAGGAGGGCAACCUGGACGCUGCGGCCCGUGAGAUGAACGGUCUGCAGGGCUGGGCGAAGACGCUGAGCAGAGACUGGCUCGGUGAGGUGAGGAAAGUGCUGGAGGUCCAGCAGGCGCUUGAUGUCAUUGCGGCAGAGGCGCGUCUGCAGAGCUUGAAGCUGGAAUAA